GACAACAUUGUCACUUUUGUGAAGAAGGAGCUGAAGAAGAUCCAGAAGCUUCUGAGUCAGAGGGAGGAUGAGGAGGAGGAUGAAGAUGAAGAGCAGAGGAGCAACAGAGAGUCACUGAUGAAGAUCACAGAGAACUUCCUGAGGAGAAUGAAGCAGGAGGAGCUGGCUGAUCGACUGCAGAGCAGAUCUGCUGCUGCAGUUUGUCGACAUAAAGUCCAAUCUGGUCUGAAGAAGAAGUUCCAGUGUGUGUUUGAGGGGAUGGCUAAAGCAGGAAACCCAACCCUUCUGAAUGAGAUCUACACAGAGCUCUACAUCACAGAGGGAGGAACUGGAGAGCUGAAUGAAGAACAUGAGGUCAGACAGAUUGAAGCAGCAUCCAGGAAAGCAGACAGAGCAGAAACCAGCAUCAGACAAGAAGAGCUCUUUCAACUCCCAGCUGGAAGACAAGAACCAAUCAGAACCGUGAUGACAAAGGGAGUGGCUGGCAUCGGGAAAACAGUCUUAACACAGAAGUUCACUCUGGACUGGGCUGAAGGCAAAGCCAACCAGAACAUCCACUUCACAUUUCCAUUCACUUUCAGAGAGCUGAAUGUGCUGAAAGAGGAGAAGUUCAGCUUGGUGGAACUUGUUCAUCACUUCUUCCCUGAAACCAAAGAAGCAGGAAUCUGCAGCUUUGAAGACUUCCAGGUCAUCUUCAUCUUUGAUGGUCUGGAUGAGUGUCGACUUCCUCUGGACUUCCACAAGACUCAGAUCCUAAAUGACCCUAGAAAGUCCACCUCAGUGGGUGAUCUGCUGACAAACCUCAUCAGGGGGAACCUGCUUCCCUCUGCUCGCCUCUGGAUAACCACACGACCUGCAGCAGCCAAUCAGAUCCCUCCUGGAUAUGUUGACAUGGUGACAGAGGUCAGAGGGUUCAAUGAUCCACAGAAGGAGGAGUACUUCAGGAAGAGAUUCAGAGAUGAAGAGCAGGCCAGCAGGAUCAUCUCCCACAUCAAGAGAUCCCGAAGCCUCCACAUCAUGUGCCACAUCCCAGUCUUCUGCUGGAUCACUGCUACAGUUCUGGAGGAUCUGCUGAAGAGCAGAGAGGGAGGAGAGCUGCCCAAGAGCCUGACUGAGAUGUACAUCCACUUCCUGGUGGUUCAGGCCAAAGUCAAGAAGGUCAAGUAUGAUGGAGGAGCUGAGACAGAUCCUCACUGGAGUCCAGAGAGCAGGAAGAUGAUGGAGUCUCUGGGAAAACUGGCUUUUGAGCAGCUGCAGAAAGGAAACCUGAUCUUCUAUGAAUCCGACCUGACAGAGUGUGGCAUCGAUAUCAGAGCAGCCUCAGUGUACUCAGGAGUGUUCACACAGAUCUUUAGAGAGGAGAGAGGCCUGUACCAGGACAAGGUGUUCUGCUUCAUCCAUCUGAGUGUUCAGGAGUUUCUGGCUGCUCUUCAUGUCCACCUGACCUUCAUCACCUCUGGACUUAACCUCAUGGAGGAAGAACAAACAAAUAGCUCUAAAUCUAAACUGAGCAGUCCAGUUCUGUUCUACCAGAGUGCUGUGAAUGCGGCCUUACAGAGUCCAAACGGACACCUGGACUUGUUCCUCCGCUUCCUCCUGGGUCUUUCACUGCAGACCAAUCAGAGUCUCCUACGAGGUCUGGUGACUCAGACAGGAAGUAGCUCACAGACCAAUCAGGAAACAGUCCAGUUCAUCAAGAAGAAGAUCAGUGAGGAUCUGUCUACAGAGAAAAGCAUCAACCUGUUCCACUGUCUGAAUGAACUGAAUGAUGGUUCUCUAGUGAAGGAGAUCCAACAUUUCCUGAGGUCAGGACGUCUCUCCACAGAUAAACUGUCUCCUGCUCAGUGGUCUGCUCUGGUCUUCAUCUUACUGUCAUCAGAAGAAGAUCUGGAAGAGUUUGACCUGCAGAAAUACUCUCGUUCAGAGGAGGCUCUUCUGAAGAUGCUGCCAGUGAUCAAAGCCUCCAACAAAUCUCUACUGAGAGGCUGUAAUCUGUCAGAGAGAAGCUGUGCAGCUCUGUCUUCAGUUCUCAGCUCUCAGUCCUCCAGACUCAGAGAUCUGGAUCUGAGUUACAACAACCUGCAGGAUUCAGGAGUGAAGCUUCUGUCUGCUGGACUGGAGAGUCCACACUGUAAACUGGAGAGUCUGAGGUUGAUAAAAUGCUGUUUGUCAGAGAUCAGCUGUGAAGUUCUGGGUUUGGUUCUGAAGAACAACCCGUCCAGACUGACAGAACUGAACUUGAGUGAGAACAACAUCCAGGAUUCAGGAUUUCUUCAUCUGCGUGGUUUUCUGGAGAGUCCAGACUGCAGACUGCAGACUCUGAGGUUGAAGAACUGCAGUUUGUCAGAGAUCAGCUGUGAAGUUCUGGGCUUGGUU